AUGUUUUUUCUGAAAGAGUUAUCACAUACAAUCACUCUGCAUCCAUCAUAUUUUGGGCCGAAUAUGCACGCACAACUUAAAGACAAGCUUUACGCGGAUGUCGAGGGUACCUGUUCUGGACGGUUCGGAUACAUCAUCACUGUGGUAUCGCUGUUGAAUAUAAGCAAAGGAAAGAUCUUACCAGGCUCAGGCUUAGCAGAGUUCAAGGUCAAGUAUCAAGCAAUCGUAUUCAAACCAUACAAGGGAGAGGUCCUCGAUGCCGUAGUAACUACGGUCAAUAAGAUGGGCUUCUUUGCUGAUGUGGGGCCACUACAAGUAUUUGUUUCCAACCAUCUUAUUCCUAAUGACAUGCAAUACGACCCGAACGGCAAUCCACCAUGCUACUCUUCAGAAGAUCAGGUGAUACAAAAGGACGUUCAAGUGCGGAUAAAACUAGUUGGCACGCGUAUCGAUGCUACAGAGAUUUUUGCGAUUGGAACGAUCAAAGAAGAUUAUUUAGGUGUCAUAUCACCAUAG